AUGUGCGCUGUUGCUCUGGGUUUCCAGGGCAAAGCGACCAUCUACCAUUUCGGAGAAAACGGAGCCUGCGGAAAGGUCAUCACUGCGGACGAAAUGGGCAUGGCCAUCAGCGCCAGGCUGUACGGGGAUUACCCGAAUUCCAACAAGUCCCCCGUCUGCGGCAAGUGCGCCCUGGUCAAAGCUGUGGACAAAACUGGUCAAAGCACCGGUAAGCAGGUCAAGGUUAAAAUGGUCGAGCGCUGUGAGGGAUGCGUCCUAGGAGCUAUCCAGUUGUCCUCCGCCGCCUUCCGCAAGCUGACAAACGAUGACCUCCACCUCGACCAAGUCAUUUGGAACUACGUUAAAUGUUAA